CGCCGGCCAGCCGGCUGGGCGCGCGCUCGCCGGGGAGGGCCGCGGGGUCCCGGGGCGCCCGCCGCCAGGGCUUUGUUAGCGGCGGGAGAGGUGGCCUCCCUCGCGGGGCCCGCAGGUCGCGACAAGUUGCCCGUCCUUAGAAGUCGCGGCGGUGGCUUCGCGGCCGCCCCGGGGUGUCCCGGGCCCGACGCGCGGAGAUGGAGUGACAGCCUGCGGGCGAGUGGUUGUCAGUGUUUGUACAGGUCGGCCCGUCGUGAACUUCCGAUCGCUGCAGCCGGGGAGCGGGGCCCGAGUGUGGGGCGGAGGCGGCCGGGAGGGACGGCGGACCCCGCCCCCGUCGCCCAGUGCCCGCGUGUGCGCGUCUCCGUCGUGAGUGUGUGUCUCGGUGGUCUGCGCGGCUCUGUAUUUGAGUGUGUCUCUGCUGCGAGUGCGUGUGUGUAUUGCAGUGUCUCUGUCCGUGAGUGUGUGUGUGUCUUCGAGCGAGGGUGCUUGUGAGCCCGCGAGCGUGUGUGCCGUCCGAGGGGUGUGCGUGUGUGCAGGAGUGUGGGCUGUGUUGCUUCUCAGGGGUUGGGAGGUGGGGGCUCUGUCAGCGGUCGUGUUUCCCACUCACCUCAUAUUUUAUAAACGCUACUCAAAAAAAAAAAGCAGCGGUCAGUUUCUUUUUUUCCCUGCAGUCUUUCGCCGUUUAGGUCGAAAUAACCCAAACAACUGCCUCCGGGUUUCAAGGUCCCCCAGCCUCCCUCGCCAGGAACUCUCCCUGCUGUUUGCUCUGCGAACAGAUACUUUUUUAGAAAAUAGGAAGCAUUUUUAGCUUUCUCCACCCCGCAUCCCACGCCCCCUUUCCUCUAAUUGCCAUGUAGCAGGCAUGAGGUUGAAGGAUACGCCAGGCCAGCGAGGAUGAUGUGCUGCAGUAUUUAUUUACUUUGCAAGGAAGGCUGUAAUCAACCCUAAAUAACAGCCCUCGCGGGGUGCAGAGGGGAGCCUCCUGGCCCUAUCAAAGGCCGGCCGAACGGGGCCGGACUGCGGCUGACAUAAGUCGCAGAUACCGAAACUAUGUGCCUGAUAAUGAUAUAAUUAGGGGAUCAGAGGUUUCUGACUGCUGCGGACUUCAAACGCUUUGGAAGAAGCCCGCAGUCUCUCCUGUAGCCGUCCGGACUGAAGCAGACAUUUUUGUUUAAUCACCACAUACAGUAACUAGAAAGGGGGGCAGACAGAAGAGCAUUGUUCCCUGUUUCAAAAUACCAGUCCCCUCCUGGCCUUCCACGUGCCACAGGAAGAAACUUUAUGAAACGGCAGAAAUAGAGUUUUAAUACAGUAACACAAAAGUCCAUUCAACUUGCUCCAAUGUGGCUCCAAUUAAAAAAAAAAAAGUUGUUAGAGCUUUCCUAGUUACCUGUCAAGAUUUUAUUAGACUGUUUUAGGUCACUGAAAAUACAGUCUUUCAAACAGGCUCUCGUAAACACUGAGGCAGCCUUCUACUUGUGUUCAGCUUCUUUUCUGCACGAGGUCUGAAGUGACUGGGAUCAAAACUGACUUUUAAUCUGUUUUAUGUCUACUUUCAAUCUGUCUGUGGAAAUUGUCAGACUUAGGGAUCUGCAGUCAUCACCACUUAAGACCAGUGAGCUUUAUGCGAAAGAGCAAGAAGCUUGGAAAGAGGAGUAAAGAGCUUCUGCGAAGCAGGCUUCUGACUGGAAGGUCUUGCUUACUGGAGAAGGGACCUGGGCCCAGACCAGGACAGCAGCAGGACAGGACAGGAGCAAGACCUCCGGCUUUGCGGGGUGGCACCCAGGUUGCCAAAGAUCUGUGUUUACUUGGCUGCAUUUUUAGACCUGAAGCAUUAGCAGAUGCUGGUGAAGGCUGAGUGCUCGGUCCGGUGGCCUGGAAUUUGGACAGAUAGUUAAAUGAGACCUCUUACUUGGGCACUCGCGGGAGGAGGGAGGAAGAAAGGCGAGGCUGGGAAGAGGUUUGCAAAGCGGUAGUGCCCCGUGUCGGUGUUGGUGUUCAAUUUCAGGGCGUCGGUUUCUGUAACCAGGCCGAACUUCAGAGGAGGAAGCUGGGGAGAGGUGUGUACCCGAGUUCAGUUCACAGCAGCUUCAGCCGUGGCAGGUGACAGUGGCUGCGGUCCACCGGGUCAGAUAGCGUGUGAGCGAGCGCUCCCAGAGCCAGAUAAUUUCAACGAGAAGUUGACGUGGAAGCCUCAGAUCUUGCGCUGUGACUUGCAACUCACAAACUAAGUUUUAUAAAGGAAACUUUUAAUCACUUCCCAUAGAAAAAUUUGAGGUUUCCUUAAGGAUUUUUCAUUCAACCAGCAGAGGUUUUUCUGUUUCAGUGUUUCCCCUUUUAGAUCCCAUGUUGAAUUACAUAAAACUGGGGAGUCUGGGGGGGGUGAGCCUUGCAGUUUUACCCCCUCCUCCCUGCUCCCAGUUUUAUGACUUUCCAUUUGGGCUGAAAGAAACUGACUUUGGCAAGCAAACCACUAAUUGUAAAGUGCCUAGUUCCUGUUUUACAGCAUACUGGCUAAAAGCUCCCCUGCAUGCAGAGAUCUUUAUAGGCAAAGUUUGCCUUUUCUAGAGAGGUUGCAAAUAGCUACCCAGUUUCAUAGUUUUCAGCCCCCCUGGCCGGAGCAACUUCUAGAUUGCUGUGUUUCUGAUUAGUAGCUUUACGAGAUGUUAGCUAAGGCUCUUGCGUCUCGGUGCAGCCCUUUGAGGUAGUAACCGACUCAGCAGCUGCAAUGGAAUACGUACACUGACAGAAUCUCAAAGCGUAGCGUUUCACGUUGUACGGUCGCGUAGGAUUAACUGAGUAAAUAAUGUAAUUUACCUUUUACGGUGGGAGAAAUUAUGGGGGUGAUUAUUUUGCUUCAGAAACAAAAGUGUUAUUUUUCAUUAUCCGCUAACUUAUCCUAAAUUGAACUUUUCUCUGCUACGUGGAUUAAUACAUUUCUAAGAUGAUAUUUCCCUGGCUUGGGAUCCAAGCACCGGCUUGCACAAAGGGCUUUCCCCGUCCACGCGGACUGCCCUUCGAAGCCCUCAGCUGAAUAUUCUCUAAAGUGAAAUCAGAUGCUACUGCGAUGCCGCCCACUGCGUGGCUACUGGUUACAUGUGUAAAUCGGAGCUGAGCGCCUGCUUCUCCAAACUUCUUGAUCCUCAGAACACAAAUUCCCCUCUCACGCACGGCUGCCUGGACUCUCUCGCAAGCACAGCAGAUGUCUGCCAAGCCAGACAGGUCCACAACCACUCUGGCAGCGCUGCGCCCACGCUGGAGUGCUGCCACGAGGACAUGUGCAAUUACAGGGGGCUGCAGGACGUCCUCGCCCCUCCCAAGGGGGAGGCCUCAGGACAAGGGAACAGGUAUCAGCAUGACGGGAGCAGAAACCUCAUCACCAAGGUGCAGGAGCUGACGUCCUCCAAAGAGCUGUGGUUCCGGGCGGCGGUGAUCGCCGUUCCCAUCGCCGGGGGGCUGAUCCUAGUGUUGCUGAUUAUGUUGGCCCUGAGGAUGCUGCGGAGCGAGAGCAAGAGGCUGCAGGACCAGCGGCAGCAGAUGCUGUCGCGUUUGCACUACAGCUUUCACGGACACCACUCCAAAAAGGGGCAGGUGGCAAAGCUAGACUUGGAGUGCAUGGUGCCCGUGACCGGCCAUGAGAACUGCUGUCUGACCUGCGACAAGACGAGACAGGCUGACCUCAGCCACGACCGGAUCCUGUCGCUCGUGCACUGGGGCAUGUACAGUGGGCACGGGAAGCUGGAGUUCGUAUGACGGGGUCUCACGGAACUGGACCUCUGGGGCCCUUUGAGUUCUGCUGGCCGGGAGCACUUUAUCUGAAGAAAAACAAACUCGCGUCAUGACCUUCGAGAGAUAGAAUGACCUCUGCAAACAGAAUCUUGGAUAUUUCUUCUGAAGGAUUAUUUGCACAGACUUAAAUACAGUCAAAAUGUAUUAUUUGCUUUAAAAGUAUAAAAAGCAAAGAGAAGACUCUGUACACUGUUACCAGGGUUAUUUGCAUCCAGAGGGAGCUGGAAUCGAGUACCUAAAUAAAAGAACGUGUGCUCUGUG